AUGUCAGCUGCCUCGCCUACCCCCUCAAAUAUGCCUCCGCCGGGAGUCAAGCGGCCCAGACCUUCUGGAGCCGGGGCAAGUUCGAACACCGCUCCACAGGGUGGUAGUUCACGGACAAAGAGAAGAAAGCCAGAUGUAGUAGCUACGAAUGUCGAGGAGUCGUCGAAAGGCAAAGAUGAUGAAUUGUUGGAUCCAGGAGAAGUCAAAACGAAGAUUGACUUUAACGAACUUCCCGUUGAGACGCUAUACAAAUAUCUGGAGUAUCAUGACUUACUACCUAGAUGGGAUGUCUCUCCGUGGUCUGAGGAACCUUGUACUCCUCCGAAUCAAUUGUAUACCUUAUCAUCAUCAGCUCCAAUCGUCCCUCCUCCUAAUACCACUUCUACUGCCUCUCAGACUAACCAGCAAUCUCUGUCCCAAGAACAUUCGCAAACGCAACCGCAGACGCAGGACCAAGAAACACCAGCGCAAUUACCCCAAACUCAAUUGUACGAAUCGACCAAUGGGACUCAUCCCGUGAACGGUGAAAAUGGGAUGAUAGUGGACGAACCUCAAUUACCUCAAUUACCACCUACCGCUUCUGAUUCGAACGUAGAAUCAACUUCUGCCUCAGCGCAAGCUGCAGAUCAAGCUGAAAAUAUACAGCCUAAAAGCGAGAACGACCAUAUAGAAGGACAGAUCGAUCAACCCGUCAAUGGACAGGAAGAAAAUACCGAUCAGACCGAAGAUGCCGAAGGGACUGUAGAUAAUUUCGAACCUCCCACGACCCGAUCCAAGACUCUUCCUGUCCGUCAACCCAUAACGAACACACCUUCUCCUGAACCUCUCCCGCAAAUCAAGAGAGGAGUAAUCACGUUAUCAGACGUGUAUGCAGCUAGGGAAGUGUUAGCUGAGAAAGCGAAUAAUCAUUGGAUGAAAGGAUUGGGUGGUGGACAGAAUAAAGAAGGAGAGACGAUCGUCAAUUUCUUAUAUAAGAUGAAAGUGGGUCAAGGUCGUUUGUUAAGGGUGUAUAAUCCUACGCCAGCUAAUUAUUCAUGGUGA